AUGCACACAACGCCAAGCGACCACUUGCCCCUCCACCAAGUCAAGGAUGGACCGAGUGGCGUGUUCACCAAGAGGCGCAGGCCGCACCAGCAUUUGCCGCCACGGGUCGCCUCGCUGCGCUGCCGCGUCGAAGCCACGAGCCUCUGCGAUCGCCCGUGUUUGGCCUGGUUGCCGCCGCGCUUGAUCUUUCACGUCCGAGUCCGCGACAUCGAGUCGAAUGCGACGUGGUUAACGCACUGUUCCCUCCGAGACAUCCAUGGCCUGUACCGACAUCUCGUCGACCGCGCCGUCGAUCCCGCCACGAUACAAGCCCUGCAAGUUCUGCGGUGUCCUGGCGUGCCGCUGCUGCAGCGUCGCGACGGCCUCGUGAUCAAGGCCAUGUGCGCCGACACAGAGCACUUUCUGCACAACUUGCUCGCAGUGUGCAGAGCGACGUGCACCGCGCCGGACGGAGCGUUCGUCGCGUUCUUUGUCGCGGCGUUCUUGCGGAAAAAGCCGCCCGGCCAUGACACCCUCCGUCCUUUGUAG